AUGGCGACGUCCGAUUCGAAAGCACCUCUGCGGACGGUGAAACGCGUCCAGUUUGGCAUUAUUUCGCCAGACGAGAUACGUCGUAUGUCAGUCACUGAUGGCGGCAUACGGUUUCCUGAAACUAUGGAAGGUGGCCGCCCUAAACUGGGUGGCCUCAUGGAUCCAAGACAAGGUGUCAUCGACAGGAAUUCCAGGUGUCAGACUUGUGCUGGCAAUAUGACAGAAUGCCCUGGUCACUUUGGUCAUAUAGAUCUAGCAAAACCAGUCUUUCAUGUAGGAUUCAUUACGAAAACUAUAAAAAUAUUAAGAUGCGUCUGUUUCUACUGCUCCAAACUGCUUGUUAACCCACAUAACCCAAAGAUUAAAGAAAUUGUUAUGAAGACAAAGGGCCAACCACGAAAGCGACUCGCAUUUGUUUAUGAUUUAUGUAAAAGCAAAAAUAUUUGCGAAGGCGGAGAUGAAAUGGAUAUUAAUAAGGAGAAUACGGAGAACCAGCCGCAAGACAGAAAACCAGGCCAUGGUGGUUGCGGUAGAUAUCAACCUAAUCUCAGACGAUCCGGUUUGGACGUCACUGCGGAGUGGAAACAUGUGAACGAGGAUUCGCAAGAGAAGAAAACGAUUCUCUCGGCCGAGAGGGCUUUUGAAAUCUUGAAGCACAUUAAGGACGAGGAGUCUUUUAUCUUGGGUAUGGAUCCGAAAUUUGCUCGACCAGAUUGGAUGAUAGUCACUGUGCUGCCGGUGCCACCGUUGUCCGUCAGACCUGCGGUCAUCAUGUAUGGUUCCGCCAAGAAUCAGGACGACCUGACGCACAAACUGGCAGACAUUAUAAAAUCAAAUAACGAGUUACUACGAAACGAACAGUCUGGCGCGGCGGCGCAUGUGAUUUCUGAGAAUAUAAAGAUGCUGCAGUUCCACGUAGCGACGCUCGUCGACAACGACAUGCCCGGCAUGCCCCGGGCAAUGCAAAAAUCUGGCAAACCGCUCAAGGCGAUCAAGGCUCGGCUGAAGGGAAAAGAAGGCAGGAUUCGUGGAAAUCUGAUGGGUAAACGCGUGGACUUCUCCGCGCGUACCGUUAUCACGCCGGAUCCCAAUCUACGUAUCGAUCAAGUAGGCGUACCACGCAGUAUUGCGCAAAAUUUGACGUUUCCUGAGAUCGUAACACCCUUCAACAUCGACAAGAUGCAGGUUCUGGUCAGGCGUGGCAAUUCGCAGUAUCCCGGCGCAAAGUACAUAGUUCGCGACAACGGCGAGAGGAUUGAUCUGCGUUUCCAUCCCAAGUCUUCGGAUCUGCAUCUGCAAUGCGGCUACCGAGUGGAACGACAUAUUCGCGACGGCGAUCUCGUCAUCUUCAAUCGUCAGCCCACCCUUCACAAGAUGAGUAUGAUGGGCCAUCGCGUCAAGGUGCUUCCUUGGAGUACAUUCCGUAUGAAUCUAAGCUGCACGUCACCUUAUAAUGCUGAUUUCGAUGGCGACGAAAUGAAUCUACAUGUGCCACAAUCGAUGGAGACCCGCGCGGAAGUCGAGAACAUUCAUGUAACACCGCGACAGAUUAUCACUCCACAGGCGAACAAGCCAGUCAUGGGAAUUGUACAAGACACUCUAACAGCAGUUAGGAAGAUGACUAAGCGCGACGUAUUUAUCGAAAAAGAGCAAAUGAUGAAUCUACUAAUGUUCCUACCCAGUUGGGAUGGCAAGAUGCCACAGCCAUGUAUUCUGAAGCCAAAACCGCUAUGGACCGGCAAGCAGCUAUUCUCUCUCAUCAUACCAGGUAACGUGAAUAUGAUACGGACGCACAGUACGCAUCCCGAUGAGGAGGACGACGGUCCGUACAAAUGGAUCUCACCGGGUGACACCAAGGUAAUGGUGGAACAUGGAGAACUUGUAAUGGGUAUUCUCUGCAAAAAGACUUUGGGUACUUCCGCCGGUUCUUUGCUUCAUAUUUGUAUGCUCGAACUGGGCCACGAGGUAUGCGGACGCUUCUAUGGCAAUAUUCAGACCGUCAUUAAUAAUUGGCUAUUACUGGAGGGACAUUCGAUUGGUAUUGGCGACACUAUUGCCGAUCCCCAAACAUAUUUAGAAAUCCAGAAGGCAAUCAAGAAAGCCAAAGAGGACGUGAUAGAGGUGAUCCAGAAGGCACAUAACAUGGAACUCGAACCUACGCCUGGCAACACACUUCGUCAGACUUUCGAGAAUCAGGUGAACAGGAUAUUGAACGAUGCCAGAGACAAGACCGGAGGCUCAGCCAAGAAGUCUUUAACAGAAUACAAUAAUUUGAAGGCUAUGGUGGUGUCGGGCUCGAAAGGCUCUAAUAUCAACAUCUCUCAGGUCAUCGCUUGUGUAGGCCAGCAGAACGUUGAGGGUAAGCGCAUACCCUUCGGCUUUCGCAAAAGAACGCUGCCGCAUUUCAUUAAGGAUGACUACGGACCAGAGUCCCGCGGUUUUGUCGAAAAUUCAUAUCUCGCUGGUCUCACGCCGUCCGAAUUCUAUUUCCACGCAAUGGGUGGGCGUGAAGGUCUUAUCGAUACCGCCGUAAAGACGGCCGAAACCGGUUACAUUCAGCGUCGUUUGAUAAAGGCUAUGGAAUCUGUAAUGGUACACUAUGACGGCACCGUGCGUAAUUCCGUCGGUCAGCUGAUUCAGCUGCGUUAUGGAGAGGACGGUCUCUGCGGCGAGACCGUUGAGUUCCAGAAUCUGCCAACGAUCAAGGUGAGCAACAAGGCUUUCGAGAAGAAGUUCAAGUUUGAUCCGACCAACGAGCGAUAUCUGCGGCGUAUAUUCAACGAGGACAUUGUCCGGGAGAUGAUGGGUUCCGGAGAGGUGAUAUCCGAAUUGGAAAGAGAAUGGGAACAGUUGAACAGGGAUCGCACUGUACUCCGGGAGAUAUUCCCGAGCGGCGAAUCCAAGGUUGUGCUGCCCUGUAAUCUGCAGAGAAUGAUUUGGAACGUGCAGAAGAUAUUCCACAUCAAUAAGCGAGCGCCGACCGAUCUCAGUCCCAUGAGGGUGAUUCAAGGUGUAAAGAACCUUCUGGAGAAGUGUAUCAUUGUCGCCGGAGACGACAGACUGAGCAAACAGGCGAACGAGAAUGCGACAUUGCUAUUUCAGUGUUUAGUGAGGUCGACCUUAUGCACCAAGUGCGUUUCUGAAGAGUUCAGGCUGUCUAGCGAAGCCUUUGAAUGGCUGAUUGGAGAAAUCGAAACGAGAUUCCAGCAGGCUCAAGUAUCCCCAGGUGAGAUGGUCGGUGCGUUGGCGGCUCAGUCUCUCGGUGAGCCUGCCACUCAGAUGACCCUGAACACUUUCCACUUUGCUGGUGUGUCAUCAAAGAACGUGACACUCGGUGUGCCCAGAUUAAAGGAAAUCAUUAACAUCAGUAAGAAACCGAAAGCGCCGUCUCUCACGGUGUUCCUGACGGGCGCAGCCGCACGUGACGCUGAGAAGGCGAAGAACGUGCUUUGUCGACUGGAGCACACGACGUUGAAAAAGGUGACGGCGAACACGGCGAUAUAUUACGAUCCGGAUCCGCAAAACACAGUGAUCGCGGAGGAUCAGGAGUUCGUCAACGUUUACUAUGAGAUGCCUGACUUUGACCCCACGAAAAUAUCACCGUGGUUGUUGCGAAUCGAACUGGACAGGAAACGGAUGACCGACAAGAAGCUGACGAUGGAACAGAUCGCGGAAAAGAUCAACGCCGGCUUCGGCGACGAUCUUAAUUGUAUAUUCAAUGACGACAAUGCUGAGAAGUUGGUACUACGUAUUAGAAUAAUGAACAGCGACGAUAACAAGUUCCAAGACACUGAUGAGGAGACUGUAGACAAGAUGGAAGACGAUAUGUUCCUUCGGUGUAUCGAAGCUAACAUGCUUAGUGACAUGACUCUGCAGGGUAUUGAAGCUAUCGGAAAGGUUUACAUGCAUUUGCCACAAACUGAUUCCAAGAAGCGCAUUGUUAUCACAGAAACCGGCGAAUUUAAAGCCAUCGCGGAAUGGCUUUUGGAAACCGACGGUACGAGCUUGAUGAAGGUAUUGAGCGAGAGAGACGUGGAUCCCGUGCGAACGUUCAGCAAUGAUAUUUGCGAGAUAUUCCAAGUGCUCGGCAUCGAAGCCGUGCGAAAGUCGGUGGAGAAGGAAAUGAACGCGGUAUUGCAGUUCUACGGUCUUUACGUGAAUUAUCGACAUCUCGCUUUACUUUGCGAUGUCAUGACAGCGAAGGGUCAUCUCAUGGCUAUAACACGUCACGGAAUCAAUAGACAAGACACCGGUGCUUUGAUGAGAUGUUCCUUCGAAGAAACGGUUGAUGUGUUACUGGAUGCCGCAUCUCAUGCAGAAGUAGAUCCAAUGAGAGGAGUAUCUGAAAAUAUUAUAAUGGGACAACUUCCACGAAUUGGAACAGGAUGCUUUGAUCUGUUACUGGACGCGGAAAAGUGCAAAUCUGGAAUCGAGAUUCCUAUGGCGGUUGGCGCGGGCAUGAUGGGAACAGCGGGAAUGUUCUUCGGCAGCGUAACUAGCAUGUCCAGCAUGAGUCCUCAAAUGACUCCUUGGAUGGGAGCUACACCUGGCUAUGGUGCAUCAAGUAUGUCGCCAGCAUUGAGCAGCGGUAUGACACCAGGUGGUGCGUGCUUCUCACCAUCGGGCGCAUCAGAUGCAUCGGGCUUAUCACCAGCAUACUCGGCUUAUUCACCACAACCCGGAAGUCCUGGUAGUCCAGGCCCAAGUAUGAGUCCAUUCCCAAUGUCACCGGCUGGUGCAGCAUCGCCCAGUUACUCUCCAACGUCACCGGCAUAUCUGCCCACAUCACCCAGCAUGACGCCCUCGAGUCCAAAUUAUUCGCCUACAAGUCCAACGUAUUCGCCAACCAGCCCGAAUUAUUCGCCCACUUCUCCGAGUUAUUCACCGACGAGUCCGAGUUACUCGCCCACUUCUCCAAGUUAUUCACCAACCAGCCCAAGCUAUUCGCCUACUUCGCCAAGUUAUUCACCAACCAGCCCAAGCUAUUCGCCUACAUCGCCGAGCUACUCACCAACCAGCCCAAGCUAUUCGCCGACAUCGCCGAGCUAUUCACCAACUUCGCCGAGUUAUUCACCAACGAGCCCGAGUUACUCGCCAACUUCGCCGAGUUACUCCCCUACAAGUCCAAGUUACUCGCCAACAAGUCCAAGUUACUCACCUACAAGCCCAAGUUAUUCACCAACUUCGCCGAGCUAUUCACCAAGCUCGCCUAACUACACACCUGCUUCGCCCUCGUAUUCGCCUACUUCACCCAGUUAUUCACCGAGCUCGCCGCAAUAUUCGCCGGCGAGUCCAAGCUAUUCCCCUAGCAGUCCCAAAUAUUCACCGACAAGCCCGAGUUAUUCUCCUACCUCUCCGUCAUUUGCCGGUACAUCACCGCAAUAUACGCCUGCGAGUCCCACGUACUCACCGACCAGCCCGACAUAUUCGCCUACAAGCCCGUCGUACUCGCCGAGCUCGCCGCAACAUACCACAACUGGCAGCACUCGGUAUUCACCCAGCAGCCCGAACUAUUCUCCUACCAGUCCAACGUAUUCGCCCACAAGUCCACAGUACUCGCCGUCAAGCACCAAAUAUUCGCCCACAAGUCCCACUUAUACGCCUACAAGCCCUAGUUACUCUCCAACGAGUCCGACGUAUUCACCGCCUGUACCAGGAUAUUCUCCCACGAGUCCCACAUAUUCGCCGGCGUCGCCUGCUUACGAAACCGAUGAAUAAUUUUUUUCACGUAUUUUUUCAUUAAUUAUAUUUAGGUACUUAUUUUAGCAAGUUAAUUGUAAGUCCGAUUGUAUAAUUAUUGUUGCACAUAGUUGCAAAUAGUUGCAAAUAAACUUAACAUGUUAAGAUGCUUCUUAUAUAACCUUUUUGGUACUUUAGUAAGUUGGGUGUGACGUAAUCAUGUCAGAAAUUCGAGAACGGUUAAGAGAAAAUGGAAAAAACAAAAAAAAAUAAACAGAAUUAUUAUCUAUCGACUAGAAAUAUAUAGUCGAUAAUUUUUUGGCUGUUAAUUACAGUCGAUAUCACAUAGCGCGUAGAUUGCGAUGCGCUUUCGCCACUCGUACCAGGAAGGUUGUGACAAAUAUGUUAACAAGAUGAAGUACAUGUCUGGAAAAUGCGAGUUUGCUGUGUAUUGAUUUGUAUGUUAUAGACAAACUGUGCAUGAGUAUGUUAGGGACCAGGGAAUUUUGUAAACCAUCAAUCGAUGAAACUAAUGAGAUCUAAAUGAAAACCAUAUUGAUGCAAGAAAUACGUAAAAAAAUUCAGGGGACUAUUAAUGCAAGCAAUGUAUAAAAAUUGUCAGGAAGAUUAUUUGUAUAUGCAUCUUUAUUACAACUAUACUUAUUACUAUUAUUCUUUUAGAGACACAAUUCAUCUUUUAGCAAGCUGUGUGUUCAAGACUACAACUUGUUGAUAUUUGUUGAAUAAAUGUCUUGAGAUCUGUGAUUCUAUUAGAGGAACGCGAAAACUUUAUUGAAUAUAUUGCUGUAUUGUUUCAGUUACAUUAAUAUUUUAUAACUGCAUUUUAUUAACGUUUUUGUUUCUCAUAUGCAACAAUCUUACAUUGGUACAAUUUUAGUUAGAUUCUUACAUUGGUACAAUUUUAGUUAGAUUCUUAUAGUGAUACAACUAUAAUAUUUUUCACAAAUAAAGUCAAAGAUAUAUAAAGAAAAAAUCAAUGACAAUAUCUUAAAAGACUCUACGUAUAAUAAUAUGCGAAAAUAAUAGCAUACAGGGUUUAUGAAUAGCUCAAAUGAUUUAUAUAAAAAGAGAAAUAGGGAAAAAUUCUUCAAAUAUUUAUUACAACUAUUGAAAUAUAUUGAUUAAACCGACAAGAAAAAUUAACUUAGAUAUUAAAUUAGCUGAAUAUCAUAUUAAAUGGAGAGAUUUUAUGGAGAUAGAUAAGUAUUAAAAUCAUUUUUUAAAUAUUUUGUACAGCAUAAACUUAGAGGAAGAAAUUAAUAUGUACAAUUUUAAUAUGUAUUUAUGUAGCAAGUACCUGCAAUUUUUGUAUUUUAAAUUCUUGAAAAUUAAAAAAAUUAAAAUCACUAAUCUUUUUAUAUAGCAAACAAAAUGUUAAACUAACAUAAAUGUAUCAAUGCGAAAUCUUUCAAAACCUUAUGUGAGAAUGUAUAAAAUAGGAAAAAUAUAGUAUCUAAUUAUGUAAAAUU